GGCUGGGCCAUGCCCUCGGCCCGGCCCCGCCCCCAGGCGGGGCUGCCCCGUGCCCGGCCCCGGCCGUCCCGCCGCGGUCUCGCCUCCGCCCGGCUCUGGCAGUACUGGCGGUGGCGCUGUUGGGCGGGCAUCAGUGCCUGGUGCGGGGGCGGCAUCGCCGCCCUUCGGCUCCGCCUGGCCCGGCCCCGACUCCGGCCCCGGCUCCUCCCGGGGCCCGCGGAGCACACACGCGGCGCGGCCGCUCCCGCCGCCUCCGCUGCGGCUUCCCCGGCCCGAGCUCCCCCCCUCGGCAGCGCGGCCGCCGGCACCGAACCUCCCGUGCCGCGUUCCGAAGAGCGAACGCCUGGGCAUGGCCGGCCCGGGGCGGGUGAGGGGCGCUCGGGGGCCGUGGCUGGCCCCGGGCCGAGCGCUGACAGCCGCGUCCCGCCCGCAGGGAAGACGCAGCAGGGCCUGAAGGAGCAGUACAGGCUGGGUUCGCUGCUGGGGCGCGGCGGCUUCGGCAGCGUCUUCGCGGCCACGCGGCUCUCGGACGGCGCCCCGGUGGCCAUCAAAAGGGUGCCACGCAACCGCGUCCUGCACUGGGGCGAGCUGCCCGACGGCACCAGCGCACCCCUGGAGAUCGUGCUGCUGGCCAAGGUGUCCACUGGCUUCCCUGGUGUGGUCCAGCUGCUGGAGUGGCUUGAGCUCCCCAAGGACAUCUUGAUGGUGCUGGAGCGGCCAAAGCGGUGUCAGGACCUGCAUCGUUUCAUUCGGGCACGGCGGUUCCUGCCCGAGGAGGAGGCGCGGGAGCUGUUCCGCCAGGUGCUGGAGGCCGUGCGGCACUGCACCAGCUGUGGGGUCCUGCACCGCGACAUCAAACCAGGGAACAUCCUGGUUGAUCUGGACACUGGGCAGGCCAAAGUAAUUGACUUUGGCUGUGGCACCUACCUGCAAGACACAGCCUACACUCACUUUGCAGGAACACGGUCAUACAGCCCCCCGGAAUGGACCCACUUUGGCCGGUACUAUGGCAAGCCAGCUACCAUCUGGUCCCUGGGCAUCCUGCUGCACCAGAUGGUCUGCGGGGAGCACCCUUUCAGGAGGGGCCAGAACAUCAGCUGGGACCAUCAGCUCUCGCUGCCACAACGGCUCUCUCAAGAGUGCCAAGAUCUGAUCAGGCAGUGUUUAUCCAUGCUGGACUUGGAAAGGCCCUCAUUAGAAGAGCUGUUCUGUCAUCCUUGGAUGAAGGAUAUUCAUCUGCCCUAGAAGAAGGGAGAGAGCCACAGGCACACUUUGAUCCAGGGCCCUGCUGGGGCCCUGGGCAGAGCCCUGAGAGCCUGAUCUGCCCCCAGGGAAGGAGAAGGAGCCCCUGGAGAAGCUGUACCAGGUGGGGCUGCUGCUGUUGGAGAGAGUGAGGAUGACACCAAGGAUGACAAGCUCUUCCUCAGCCUGGCCAGCUGAAGAUGAUGGACUUUGAUUCUGGCACCUUCUUCAAAGCCAGGCUCCACAGUGAAUUUGCAGAUGAGUCCACAUGCAGGGGGAUGUUCUCAGAUUUGGGCAUUGCCCAGCCUGGCUGGGAACCAAAGGCUUCCCCUUUGCUGGGGCAGAUGCAGCUCAUUCUUCAGUGGCUGCCCAGCUGCUUUUGGCAGGGCUGGGGCAUGGCCUGGGGUGGGUACGAAAUGGGAGUGGGCUCCUGGCCCUGCCAACAGCCCCCAGCACCCACCAUGCCCCGGGCUGGGGCUGGGGCAGCCAGCCCGACACAAACAAAGCCCCAUGGUGGGAGCAGAGGUGGGACUCCAGAACUUGUGCAGGGGCUGCUUUGCUGUACAGGCAAGGAAGGGCUUGGGCUUCUCCACUGCCCUUGUUUGCUUUGGGGUCACCGCGAUUUUAGGGGGCAGUGCAGGGGGGGAAGAGAGAAAGUGUGGGCUUCCCUCACCCAUGGAUGGGUUUUUCCCUAUCAUGUGGGGGUUUGGCCUUCCUCAAGGCCCUGACAGAGAUGGGAGUUUUUACUGUUUUUCUUGUUUUCUCUUUUUGUCUCUAAUCUCUUUUCAAUAAUGUGUUGUUUGUUUUUCCAGAGGAAGCGUUCCAGGUGGUCCAGUGUGGAUGGGGAAGUGCUUGGGAGCAGCUGUGGCGUGGAUGGGCCGUGCCCUUGGAGAAGGCUGAGGACAUGGUUUGGGAGCAGCUUUUCUUUCAGCCGUGGCUGGAGUGAGCCAGGCUCUGCGGGUGCUGAGGCUGCUCUGGGCUCUGCCAGGGCUCUGCUGGGCUCAGCCCUGAGCCCAGCUGGGCUGGCUCUGCCCUCACAUUGCUCUGACAGCUCUGCAUCAGAUGAGCCCAUUGCGAGCACAGCACCUGAGCUUUCUGCUUUGGCAGCAGUGCCACGAGUGGGCCAAAGCUGGCGAGUGGGCCGUGCUCCUGAGGCAGUGCAGUCUGGAGCUGAUGGAUGGAGAACUGCCCUUCUGCACUUCCAAACCAGAGGAAAAAGCUAAAACAUGUCCUACAAAAGGAAUGUCUUUUGCUCCUGGUUCCCGUGUGGAGCAGCUCCCUUCCUGCUGGCUGAGCUGCUCAGGCAGAGCCCGGCAGCCCUUGGCCCGGCAGGGCUGAGGCUUUUCCCCAUUGCUGGGCACAGACUGAUGGAGCAGCACUGCUGAACAGAGGCACACAGAGGGACCAGCAGCAGCUGCCUUUGGCCACCUGAGGCUCCAAGGCCCAAACUCUGAGCAGCCAGGGCUGGAAGAGACUGGCAGGAUCUGAUCCCUGACUCUGGGCCAGGGCUGCACAAAUGACCCCACAGCAGCAGCAGCAGCAGCAGCAGCAGCACAUGGAGCUGACUUGGAGCACAGCCCCUGCCCCUCUUCCCUCCCGUGUGCAGCGGUGUCACAGCAGCCUGAGGCACCUGGGAGCCCCCAGUGUGGGGGGAGAUGGCAGCCCUGGGCUCCUGGAGGCUGUGGAAGGAACGGAGCUGGGCACUCCCUGUCCAUGGGGAGCUUCCAGAUGGAAAAGGCUGCUGUGCCCAGGCAGCUGCAAGGGCACAGAAAGGAGGCUCUGGAGCACUGGAUCUGUGCCAGUGCCACAGUCCUGGGCAGCAGCCAGCGAGCCCUGGGGGAACAGAGGGCACAGCAAGAGGGACAGAACCAGGCAAGGGCAGAGACUGGAGAGAGCCAGGCCCGGGAGCAGGAACAGCUGCUCCAUUGCACUCUUGGAGAAAGCUCUUGGCUGGUU